UCCAAUCUGCCAGUCAUUAACAUAUCACAGAUGUUCAGGAACUGAAAUAAAGCAUCCAAUAGAAAAUAAAUCGACAAGGAACAGGAGGCCAGAACAUCUCAGCACCAGGAGAGGAGAACCGAGCCGUUCCCCUGCAGCCGUCGGUCGGCCUCAGAGGGACUGCGGAAGGGCAAGGGAGCCCAUCAUGAGGUUUGACUGGUCCCUGCUGUGGGCACUUGCAACAGUGUUUCUCCCUGGCACUUGCGGUCAGAGCGGAGAACGUCAUGGAUCAGAGAUCAAGCCUGGGGAUUUGGUCUUCCCCCUGAUGUUAAAUGAAUCGGUUCUGGCUGAUGAUGUGACCUGGCUCCUGGUGCCGGGCCAGGACCAGGUCUUGGGCUCCUGCUCCAUCACCCUGCUGACCAGCACAGUGACCACACCCGGUGGGCAGCCGGGAGCCGAUCUGGCCACUCAGGAGGAUCUGAGCCCUCUGAAGGGAUUGAUGGAUGGUACCGGCUCUGCCUUGGAAAGUCUCAUGGUGGCAGUGGAGGAGGAUAUAGGGAGAGGCAGCUACCAGUCGGUGAUUUCCAAAGGCCUGCUGGACGUCCAGCAGCAGAAUGCGGUGUCCGACAACAUCAUGGAGGAGAUCAGGGCGAGUCUUGAGGCACAGCAGCCCACAGAAAGUCUUCUCGCCAGGUUCAAGGAGAAGGUUGGGAAGAUGGAAACAAUGCUCCAGGCCAUCCGUUGCCUUUCAAACCAAAUGGAGCAGACAUCGGAUUCAUUGGCCUUGGAGCUGGGAAAGUCACACCACCUGGAAUCUGCACUCGGCAAAGAGUCGUAAUGAAGGGAUGGCCAGCCCCUGUGCUGGAAUCCACACUUGCACCAUGUCCAGCUGGAGUCUCUCGCUUGGCAAGGAACGGGUUCAGAUUCCACAGGAAGAAAGCAGCUUCAAAAAUCCAGUGCACCCUUUUAAAGUGCAAGGUCAAAAUCCAAUAUUGUUCAAUGUCAUCUCCAGAACUCAAGUGUAAAGGAGAAUGAAAGAAUUGUUUCUCCGGACCCAAUGCAGCACAAAAAAAAAUACAAAAAGAUAAAGAACAUGAUAAUAAUA